AUGGACAACAUUCCCGAACACCGAAUUUUGAAGUUUAAACCGAACACUUUGGAAGAGGUUAGGAGGAUGCACAGCCUUGAUAAAAAAAGAAUGGCUGAAUCUGUUGAGGUUUUAGAAAAUUGGAUUAAAAAACAAGAUCAUUUGAUGAAGAAGGACUUCAGUCGCGAAUAUUUAGAAAGAACGAUUAUUACCUGCAAGGGGUCGGUCGAACGAGCUAAGCAACAAAUAGACAAAAUGUGUACGUUGAGAACGCUUUUGCCAAAUUUUUUCACGAAGCUUGAUCUUCAAACUGACUUGAAAGCGGUCACUGAAAAAGCUUUGCUGCUACCAUUGCCAAAGAUGACAAAAAAUUUCGAACGAAUUUUCAUUGUUAAAUUAAAUGUGAAAGAUCUUCUGCCGAGCGAUAUCAUUGACUAUUUUCGUCUUAGUAUGGUAAUGGUCGAAUGUCUGAAGGCUCACGACUAUGUCAAUGGCUUUAUUGUAAUCAAUGAUUACAGAGAGGUGAACUUAAUGGACGUGAUGACUAAAAUGAACUUAUCGGAACUGCAACAGUUUAUGACAAUUCUAAUAGAAGGUUACGGAGCGAGGUUACUUGGUCUGUACAUAAUUACAACGUCUAAAGUUGUCGAUUUAUUCAUAAAAACUCUGAAACAGUUCAUAAAACCAAAAGUGGCGUCCAGACUACACGCGAUUUCAUCGGUAGAAGACAUUUAUGCUAUAGUGGAUAAGACCAUACUACCAAUUGACUAUGGCGGAGAAGAAAAACCUGUCAAUGAGUUAAUACAUGAUUGGCUUGAAGAAUUGGGAUCAGAAGAGCACCAAGAUUACAUGAGAAUGAUGAGUGCAGCGGGCACUGACGAAAGUCGAAGAAAAUUAGACAAGUUCAAUGAAGAGUAUUUAGGAAUGGCUGGGACUUUUAGAACAAUAAAUGUUGAUUAAAAUUAGAAAAAAAAUUUUUUAUGACAGGUACUAUAAUAAUAUACAGAUAUAGAAGUUUCUAUAGAUACGGUUGGGCUGAUGUUAUAGGGAUGUGGUCACAAAAGUUAAUAUUCGAAAUAGUUUUAAAUUGCUCAACGGUAGCGUGCUUUUAUCUCCGCUUUAUUACUUUUCAAAUAAAAUUCAUAAUUAUACGAGUAUGAUAAUAUUAUUAUAAUUAAAAAAGAAUGCAAUCAAGAAA